UGCUAGGCUGCUGCCUCAGCCUCCGGGAUCACGGGCUCAAGCAGUAGACACGGAACUGGGUCCUAGCAGCCCACCGGCUGUCGGACCCCGCAGCCUCUCGCCAUGGACCGGGAUCUUCUACGUCAGUCGCUGAAUUGCCACGGGUCGUCGUUGCUCUCCCUACUGCGGAACGAACAGCAGGACAAUCCGCACUUCCGGAGCCUCCUAGGGUCGGCAUCCGAGCCCGCCCGCGGCCCGCCGCCCCAGCAGCACUUACAGGGCAGAAAAGAGAAAAGAGUUGACAACAUUGAAAUACAAAAAUUCAUCUCCAAAAAAGCAGAUCUGCUUUUUGCACUUUCCUGGAAAUCGGAUGCACCUGCAGCUUCUGAAGUUAAUGAAGACAAUGAAGAUCAUUAUGCAGUCAUGCCACCUUUAGAGCAAUUCAUGGAGAUACCUAGUAUGGACCGGAGAGAGCUGUUUUUCCGUGAUAUUGAGCGUGGUGAUAUAGUGAUUGGAAGAAUUAGUUCUAUUCGAGAAUUUGGUUUUUUCAUGGUAUUGAUCUGUUUAGGAAGUGGCAUCAUGAGAGAUAUAUCCCACUUAGAAAUCACAGCUCUUUGUCCAUUAAGAGAUGUGCCUUCUCACAGUAACCAUGGGGAUCCUUUAUCAUAUUACCAAACUGGUGACAUCAUUCGAGCUGGAAUCAAGGAUAUCGACAGAUACCAUGAAAAGCUUGCAGUAUCUCUUUAUAGCUCAGCUCUUCCACCACACCUGUCUGGUAUUAAACUAGGUGUAAUUACUUCUGAGGAGCUUCCUUUGUAUUACAGGAGGAGUGUUGAACUAAGUAGUAAUUCUUUGGAGUCCUAUGAAAAUAUCAUGCAGAGUUCUCUGGGAUUUGUUAAUCCUGGAGUAGUUGAAUUCCUUCUAGAAAAACUUGGAAUAGAUGAAUCUAAUCCACCAUCUUUAAUGAGAGGCCUACAAAGCAAAAAUUUCUCUGAAGAUGAUUAUGCUUCUGCAUUAAGAAAGAAACAGUCUGCGUCUUGGGCCUUAAAGUGUGUGAAGAUUGGAGUUGAUUAUUUUAAGGUUGGACGCCAUGUGGAUGCUAUGAAUGAGUACAAUAAAGCUCUGGAAAUAGAUAAGCAAAAUGUGGAAGCUUUGGUAGCUCGUGGAGCAUUAUAUGCAACAAAAGGAAGUCUGAACAAAGCAAUAGAAGAUUUUGAGCUUGCAUUAGAAAACUGUCCAACUCACAGAAAUGCAAGAAAAUACCUCUGCCAAACACUUGUAGAAAGAGGAGGGCAGCUAGAAGAAGAAGAAAAGUUUUUAAAUGCUGAAAGUUACUAUAAGAAAGCUUUGGCUUUGGAUGAGACUUUUAAAGAUGCAGAGGAUGCUUUGCAGAAACUUCAUAAAUAUAUGCAGAAAUCUUUGGAAUUAAGAGAAAAACAAGCUGAAAAGGAAGAAAAGCAGAAAACAAAGAAAAUAGAAACAAGUGCAGAAAAGUUGCGUAAGCUCUUAAAAGAGGAGAAAAGGCUAAAGAAGAAAAGAAGAAAAUCAUCCUCCUCUUCAAGUGUUUCUUCUGCUGAUGAAUCAGUUUCUUCCUCAUCCUCCUCCUCUUCUGAUCACAGAAGGCAUAAGAAACGAAAGAGGAACCGGUCAGAGUCUUCUCGCAGUUCCAAAAGGCAUUCAUCUAGGGCAUCCUCAAGUCAGGUAGAUCAGAAUAGGAAAGAGGAGUGCUAUCCAGUUCCAAGUAAUACUUCUGCAUCUUUUCUUAACCAAAAACAAGAAGUGGAAAAAUUACUGGAAAAGCAAGACAGGUUUCAAUAUCAAAAGACACAGGUAAAAGAGAAAGAUAAGUGCCCUCUUUCUUCCUCUUCAGCUGAAAUACCAGAUGAUUUUGGAGGUAGGUCUGAAGAUCCAAGAGAUUUUUACAAUAGCUAUAAAACCCAGGCAAGUAGUAGCAAAACUGAAAAGCCAUAUAAAUCAGAAAGACAUUUUUCCAGUAGAAGAAAUUCCUCAGAUUCCUUCUAUAGGAAUUCAGAGGACAAGAUAAAAAUGUAUGGUCACAGGAGAUUUGAAAGAGACAUAGAGGGAAGAAAAGAGCACUAUAGAAGGUGGGAGCCAGGUUCCGUGAGGUAUUCCACUUCACCAGCAAGUUCAGACUACUCUUGGAAGUCAGUUGAAAAACACAAAAAAUACACUUAUUCUGGAUCACGUGAUUUCAGUAGACAUGAGCAAAGAUACCGGGUAAAUACAAAUCAAGAAUAUGAAAGAGAGGACAAUUCUGAGGAAGAUAACAAAACAGAGAUUCCAGAAGAAGAUGGACUAAAUAGCAAAGAGCAAUCAGAAAGCAGAGUUAAAAAAAAUUUACCUCAAAAUUUACUCAAUAUAUUUAAUCAGAUAGCUGAGUUUGAGAAAGAAAAAGGAAAUAAGCAAAAAAAUUAAUAUUUCAUGGAAAUCUGCAUGGUUACACUAAAAUACUGUUGAAAGUUUUGGAGUGUUUUAGUCAUUAACAAUCUGAUGCAGAAAUGUCUGCUCUUAAGAUUAUUUGUAAAGAUUACUGAAUCCCUUUUCUCAAAUUUUAUUUGUUUCAGUUGUAGGUCCCAUUGUCACAACCUGAGUUUUAGGCUUUUUGUGGGUAUGUUUAUGUAUAGUGUAUUUCUUAUUCUAUUUAAACUUCUUCACUUGAAGAUAAUUCUCUGACAGCAUUGUUUCUUUGUUAUAUUAUGGUGUGUGAGAAUUCUGUGGCUCACCUACCUUGCCGUAUGCAAGUAAAUUAAAUUCAUGCAUUGAACGCUUGGAUCACUUUCAUCAAAAAUUGUAUCUUCUAUUCAAUUAAAAGCCCUCAACUUUUGAAA